AUGAACACUGCGAACGGUAUUGCUCACGGCAGCAAUCUAUGUCUGAGGAAAUUUCAGAGGUUAAUCGACUCUUUGCCGAACUGCAGUGAGAAUUUCAAGACACAAGUACCUAUUGAGGAAAUAGAAGAUGAUUUCGGGCGAUUUAAGAUAUGGUGCGGCAAUCUGGGGGCUGUUCAGAAAGGUGGAAGCUCCCUCGACGUCAGGCUGAGAGAAUCAAGAGUCAUGCGUGACACUGUCAUAACUUUCCUGAACAAUCUCCAAGAAACUUUGGGUCAAUGUAUUGAUAUCACGACCGGAACCCGACUUCCCUGGGAGGAGCAACCUGAUUAUGCAGCAGAUGAUACAGACGAUGACGAGGCUUCUGAGUCAAGCAGUAUGAUGAGCGAUUUAAGCGACGUUGCCAACGAGACCACAGUUGAACUCACCACUGAGCUUGCUCAGCGACGAAAGGAGAUUCACGACGCAGUCACUGACCUUUAUCGCCUGUCAUUCAAGAUGAGGGACCCAAGUCAGCGUGCACCGUCAAAUAGAGCCCUCUCUAUGAAGCUUACGGAUCCGGACACGGGAGAAGACCUUUUUACUGGCUACGAUGAACAUGAUCGGAGACAUGUGCUUGAAACAUUGCAACAUCUCCGAUCGAAUCAGCAGCCACGUAUCUCACCUCUAGAGCCAGUACAUAUGAGAUGUGAGGAGCCUCCUGCUUUUCUCGUUGAGCGCCUGACCAAAGCGAUCACGAACCGUCGGAGAUACUUUGCUUACUGGCACCGACACGCUCUGAAGCUUUCCCGUGUUGAGGAACAGAGUGUGCCGAAAAUAGGAGACCCAAUCUCAAAGAAAGUUGUGGUAGUGAUUACUCCUGGGCCGUCUGGCGAUGCCAAUACUUCGGAUCGAAGCAAGACUGUCACUCAGCUCGCUCCGCAGAGCGGUCUCAAGACCGACAUCUCAGUCACCGAGAUCUCAAAAUAUCGCGCCAGCUACGAUGAAAUGCUCGAGACAGAGACUGUUUUCUCUUUUGCUACAACGGAGAGAGAUGUUCAUGGCCAAACAGCGGAUCUCCCGCCCCUACCGACUGAUCUGCAUCUGAAAGCUGACUUUGUCUGCCCUUACUGUUGGGUGCUGUGUCCUGCUAGACAGGGUAAGGGGCGCUCAUGGAGGUAA